AUGAGUUUGUCUAGACCUAGUUUUCUUGAUAAGAAGCCUCCAAAGGGCUAUGUUGCCGGUGUUGGGAGGGGAGCUACCGGGUUUUCAACCCGUGCCAAUGGGGAUAGAUCUGAUGGGAGCCAACAGCCAGCUAGGAUACAGAACAAGAGUAGUUCUGAUGGUAUGAAUAGGUUUGAUGGGUCUACGGGUAUUCGUGCAAGGAGAAAUGCAGGCAGCGGUGGUGGUGGGGUUGAGGAGGCAGAAGCAGAUGCAAUCUAUACAGAUAUUGAGAAGCGACUGGCCAGCAGACGAAAUGAUAAGAUGGCUUCUACAGGGGGUGUUUCAGUCUCUAAGAUUGGCGAGCAGUUUGUCGAGUUGAAAAGAAACCUGGCACAAGUGAGUGAGCAGGAAUGGUUGGCUAUUCCGGAAGCAGGGGAUAUUACCAGGAGGAAUAAACGGCAGCGUUUAGAGAACCAGCAAGAGCGUAAGAAGUACGCUGCACCAGAUUCGUUGCUUACAGGAGGGGUGAAUUUGGUCCGAUUAACGGAGGAACGUGAAAAGUUAUUGGGUCAUCAAUUGGAUGCCAGUUUUAAUAAUCUUUCUCAGGAAAAGCCUUCAGAUGUUGAGAGAUAUUUGCUGGAACUGGAUGCAAACUCUACCAGGGCAGCUGAUGUAGAUCGUCAGUUACAGGAUUUGAAAAAGACGAGGGCUGUCUUGGCGUCUUAUCGAAAGUCGGAUCCUAAGAAUCCUCAGGCGUGGAUUGCAGCGGCCCGAUUGGAAGAAAAUGCCAAACAAUUUCGGCAGGCGAAGCUGUUGAUUGAUGAGGGUUGUCAAGAGUGUCCAAGAAGUGAGGAUGUGUGGCUUGAAAACGUGCGACUCAAUAUGUCGGAUGUUCCAUAUUGCAAGGUUUUAGUAGCCCAGGGGAUCCAGUUUAACGGUCAAAGUGAGCUGCUUUGGACGACAGCUAUUGGUCUUGAAAACGAGUCAUUUAAUAAAAUCAGGGUGGUUAGGAAGGCUUUGCAAAACAUUCCUACAAGUGAGAAGCUGUGGAAAGUCGCUGUCCAACUUGAGGAAGAUAGAGAUGAGGUCGUGAAAGUACUACGGAAGGCUACAGAAUUAAUACCUAGUAGUGUCGAUCUAUGGACGGCUCUUCUACAGUUAGAAGAGUACUCUAGUGCACAAAAAAGUUUAGAGAAUGCUAGAAAGGUACUUUCUGGUAAUGAAAAGCUAUGGAUUAUUGCCGCAGAACUCGAGGAGAGAGCGAAUAACGCUACAGAAGAUAACUUGGUUGGACUAUUAUCGACCGGUAUACAGGAGUUGGAAAAAUCAGGCCGUAAAUUGACAAUUAUGGAUUGGAUUGGUCAUUGUAAAGAGAUAGAACUCGGAGGUGAUUACCCUCUAACGGUUCGUGCCCUCCUCAAAGCUUCUUUGCAUUUUGAACCUCAUGAAGAUACUUCUGAAUUGGUUACUAUACUUAACAGCAUAGAAGAUGAUUAUUUUGGUAUUAAAAGCACUCUCUGCGUAUAUUUGCUCUUGAGGGAACCUUCGAAAUUUAUGAUAUGGAUGUCAUUUAUACGACUAGGAAAGAAAACUGGGAAUAUGCAAUAUGUAUAUGACACGUGGGAGCAGAUUCUAUUUGAUCAAAAUAUUAUAUACCAGCAUCCGAAAUUAUUGCUGCUUUACUCAAAAGAGGUUUGGAAGACAGAAAAUGAUAUUGCUCGGGCAAGAAGCAUAAUUCAAAGGGGUAUAUCUGCUCUUCCGACAUAUAUUGAUUUCUGGAUUGCAAGAAUCAAGUUGGAAAUUGCUUCAUCAGAAUAUGAUGUUGCUGAGCGGUCUUUCAUUGCCAUUAUUGAAUCUCAGGAAAGCGCUACUUCAGAUAAUAUGGAGGAACGGCUUUGGUCCAAAUAUGUUAGCUUUCUAAGAUUUAGAAGUCAACAUGAAAAAUCAAUUAAGGCGUUGACCGAUGUGAUAAACAAGUUUCCUAACUGUAGAAACUUUUAUCUACAAUUAAGUCAAGUUUACGUUGAUAUAAACCGGCCUGAGAAAGCUAAAGAUGUGCUCUUAGAUGGCGUUAAAAAAUUACCCAAUUGUCCUGAACUUUGGAUAUCUCUUGCAGAGAUCGAUGAGUUGAAUCUUCAAAAGCCUACUAAUGCUCGCUCUAAUUUGGACAUAGGUAUACUUAAGAAUCCAAAUUCGUGGCAACUGUACGUAGCUAAAUCUAAAAUGGAACAUAGAUUGGGGAACCAAGAUAACGCAAGGCUGAUUGUACACCAGGGACUACAAAAGUGUCCAAAAUCUCCGGAGUUAUGGUGCCAAAACAUCCGACUUAUUGCCAAGAAGUCAAUGCAAAAAACCCUUUUUCAAGAUGCACUAAAAUCCACUGAUAAUCAUGGCCUUGUCUUGGCCGAGAUUGGUAGAAGUUUUUUCUGCGAAUCGAAAUAUGACAAAGCAUUGAGAUGGUUUCAACGCGCAGUUGAAGAUCAACCCAAAAUAGGAGAUUCAUGGGUCUGGUACUACCUAACUCUGAAAAUGCUUGGAAAAAAUACGGACUUCAUUUUCACUUCUCUAGAGGAACAUGAACCAAAAUACGGUGAGCUGUGGAUAUCAGUAUCUAAAAAUGUUAAGACGCAGUUUCUAAGUCUCAAUGAAACUUUAAUUCUGUGCUCACAGCAAGUUAAAAAUCACAAAUAA